AUGAUCACAGGUGAUGGGUUCCAGUUCCGCGACUUGCGCAUAGACUGUGGAGCAUACACUCAAACCCCUGCAACCGAUAAUAGCUACAUACCAUGGCUAACAGACGAAGGGUUCAUUAAAAGUGGAGAGAACAAAGUCGCCUUCACCAGCAACACUCCCUUUAAGGCGUAUACCCUACGCUCCUUUCCCAAAGGCCACAAGAACUGUUAUAAGUUACCCUUCUAUCAUGCGUAUUACAAGUUCCUCUUUCGAGCUGGCUUUUACUAUGGCAACUAUGAUGGCCUCUCAAACCCGCCUAGCUUUCGUCUAGAGAUAGAUGGGAUCCUAUGGGCAAAUGUAACGACUUCAAUGAGCGAAGACAUAAUCUACUAUGAACUGCUUUACAUAACAAAGAAGUCGAAAGUUAGCGUUUGCUUGAUUCGUGCCAUGGACUAUGAUGUUCCCUUCAUUUCUUCUCUUGAAGCCUAUAACAUUUAUGAUGCUUAUAAUUGGAUGGACAACACCACACCUUUGUACCUUCACAGCAGGAUCAACUACGGUGCCGAUACAAGCAUUGAGCAAAGUAUGAAUUACGAUGCAGAAAAAUAUCACCGGAUCUGGAAAUCCAAAGAAAUGUCCAAUUAUCUCAACAUUCAGGCAGACUCCAUAAGUUAUGAUUAUUUGAUUGGAGAAAAUAGGCCACCAUUGCCAGUAAUGGGAUAUGCGAUCCAAGCAACAAAUCUAAGGGACUCUAUAUAUUUGUGCAUUGAUUUUUCCCCUCGAACAGCAGUAAAAGCCUACUUUGUGCUCUAUUUCAUGGACCCUGUUUUUCGGUUGGAAAAAAAUCAAACUAGUAGUGUUGAAAUCUACAUCGACAACAACAAAAUGGCUGUUACCGAUAUCCCUAAUAUUAACACUUUUUUGGAGAAUCAAUUCCAUGUCGUAACAUUGUAUUCGGUGCCGGUCAAUGGUUCAGCCAAUGUCACUAUUUCUCCGGCGGAGGGCUCGACUUUGGCGCCACUUUUAAAUGCCAUGGAAGUGUUUUCUGAUGUGUCUGAGAGUGGACAUUUGUUCAACUUGUCAUCGUCACUGUUUAUCAUUUCUCUUCAUUUGCUUGUUAUACUACUUGUGACAUAA